AUGUCGUGUGUGGAGGAUGAAAUUUCUUCAAUUUUCACAAGGGAAAUUUUUACAAGGAUAAGAAAGGAGAUACGACAUGGCGAUAAUUAUAUUGUCCUAAAGGAUGAUAAGAUACCAGGUUACACUCUUAGUUUGGUGAAAAAAUAUAUUGGUUCUGGAUUAAAGCGCAAAGUGUUAUUCUCCAACGACGGGGAUGAUGUGCGAUGUGAUUGGUAUUCUCUUGAGAUAAAAGGAAUUCCAUGUAGACAUAUUUUUAUUUCAUUGAAGAAUUUGGAGAGAAGAAGUUUGCCAAUUUGUUUGGUAAAUAGACGUUGGCUAAAAGAUGCUAAAGAAGUUCAACUGUUAACUCAAGGUAAUGAAAGAAAGUGUCCUCAUCCUGAAGUUAUUGAAAAUUCUAGGUACGGUGGUGUAACCACACAAACUACUAUCAUGUCGUACCUUGCUACAAGAUCGCAAGAAGCAUUUCAAAAGGCUAUGAAAGUUAUAUCAGAGUUGAAUGCUGAAUUGGAAAAAAUGCCACCAGAUGAAGAGUUAAAACAUCCUCAAAAUGAUGAAGGAGUAUUUCUGAAUAAUAUUUUGGACUCUCAGAUUAAAAAAACAAAAGGCAGACCAACUACAGCCAGUUUGUCGAAAUCAUUCUCUGGAGGUGCAAAGAAGAGAAAACCAAAAAAAUCGCUAUUACAUUGCAAGUAUUGUGGUGAGGUUGGACAUGAUUCAAGGAAUUUUCCUAUGCAGCCAAAGUCCACUACAAAGAAAAAUGGUCAUUCGAAGAAGAAGAAGAAAAAAAUCAAUCCAUGA